AUGUCUACUCUACAGGCUACCCACUAUCUUCCUUAUCUCCACAGGCAGCAGCAGCAACAGCAGAAGACCCCCACUCCGACUUUAGCCACACCAAUCACACGGGUAGAGCAGAUAUCAUAUCUUUUUGACCACCCGGCCGGGUCCUGCUCUAUCUACAUACAUACCAAGGAUGGACUGGCAUUAAAACUGAUCGUCGAGCAAGGUCACACACAACCGGGGGAUGGAUUUUCGGAUUUUCACAAGCAAAGCAAACACCAAAAGCAACAACUCACAAGGGGAUCUGAUCUGUCUAUCUAG